AUGGCCAAGGCUGACUACUUCUGGGCUGUUACUGAUAAUAUGACAUGGAAUGACUUUGAGAAAGAAUUCGGAAAUAGCUCCGAAAUACCCACUGGAGAUUAUUUCAGCCCUUGUAGGAGGGUUCCAAUAACCAACACGCGGGCUCUGGUUGCCGUUUAUGCACUGGUGUCCCUGCUGAGCUUGCUGGGAAACUCCCUGGUGUUGCUAGUCAUCUCAUACAGGCGAAGAAGCUGCUCUGUCACCGACGUCUACGUGCUGAACCUCGCCGUUGCCGACCUGCUCUUUUCGUUGACCCUGCCCUUCUGGGCUGUCUCUAAAUUGAAAGGCUGGAUUUUUGGCACACCCCUGUGUAAGAUGGUCUCGCUCCUGAAGGAAGUCAACUUCUUCAGCGGUAUCCUGCUACUGGCCUGCAUCAGUGUGGACCGAUACCUGGCCAUCGUCCAUGCCACGCGCACGCUGACCCAAAAGCGCCACUUGGUUAAGUUCAUAUGUCUAGGCCUCUGGAGUCUCUCUUUGAUACUGUCCCUGCCCUUUGCCAUCUUCCGUCAGGCCUAUAAACCAUACGGUUCUGGAACAAUCUGCUAUGAGGUCCUGGGUAAAGCCACAACAAAUUUUCGGAUAAUGUUGCGGGGCCUGUCCCACACAUUUGGCUUCCUCCUGCCGCUGCUGGUCAUGCUGUUCUGCUACGGGUCCACACUGCGCACACUCUUUAAGGCCCGCAUGGCGCAGAAGCACCGGGCCAUGAGGGUCAUCUUUGCGGUUGUGUUUGUCUUCCUGCUCUGCUGGCUGCCCCACAACCUGGCCCUGCUCUCAGACACUCUCUUAGAUACUCACUUGAUUGAGGACACCUGUAAGCGCCGCAGUGACAUCGAUCAGGCCCUGUAUAUCACUGAGUUCCUGGCCUUUUCUCACAGCUGCCUCAACCCCAUCAUCUAUGCCUUUGUUGGCCAAAAUUUUCGUCGUGCGUUCCUCAAGAUCCUUGCGAACUGUGGCCUGGCUCGCAAAGAGGUUUUGACACCGCAUCGUGCUGCUUUUCACACAUCUCUUACUGUCCGCUAA